UCCAAUGACUAGCUAAGGAGCUCAUACAUAUUAAUUAUUUGUUUAUGUCGCCAUUUUUACAGACGCUAUGGAGGAUAUGUGAUAUUGUAGAGAGGUAAAAUUCCUGGUGAAUACUUAACAAAAUGAAGCCGAAGAUCGCUGUUAUAGGCGCGGGAGUUAUAGGCCUGUCGACUGCCAUCAACAUCGAAAACCUCAUUCCCGGAUGUGACAUAACGAUUAUCGCCGACAAAUUUGAAAAGGACACCACUAGUAUAGGAGCGGGUGGUAUUUUCAGGCCUACAGAGAAAGCCAUACCAGGGGUACCUGCUGAUGUUAUACGACGAUGGUCUCAAGACACGUGGGAUUUUUUCUCCAAACUUGCCCUGUCUGACCUCGGCAGUACUACUGGCCACAUCGUGAUGCCUGGCUAUAUAUUCAGCCAGGAGAAGAUAGAGAAUCCUAUUUACGAGGACGUCAUAUUUAGCUGUAGAGAGCUGUCUCAAAAAGAGCUCACAAAACUCAACAUGGCACAAUACAGACACGGGUACCAAUUAACGAGCAUAAUAGUACAGAUGUCAAAAUACCUUCCUUGGUUAAUGGAAAAAUUUGUAAGGAACGGAGGGAAAAUACUUAAAAGAAAAGUAAACGAUUUGAAAGUGUUUGCAGGAGGCCCAUAUGAUGUGGUCGUCAACUGUACGGGGUUGGGUAGUAAGGAGCUAGUGCAGGACAAAAAUAUACAUCCCGUUCGAGGGCAGCUUAUCAGGUUGGAGGCUCCUUGGAUAAACUUCUGGAUAUACACGGACCAUGGUGCAUACGUUUUACCAAAUGCUGAGUUCGUUGCUAUAGGAGGAGUAAGACAAGACGGGAGGUCAGAUCUGGCUGUGGAUGCAGAGGACAGGAAGGGGAUACUGGAGAGGUGCUAUAACCUGUGGCCACCCCUUAAGGGUGGUAAAAUAAUUGGUGAAUGGGUAGGACUAAGACCGUCCCGAACUCCUCUGAGACUAGAAAAGGAAUCGAUACCGUUACCAGGUGGCGUUCUGAAGAUUGUCCACAACUAUGGUCAUGGAGCACACGGCAUUACGUUAAGUUGGGGCACCAGCUUGGAGGCUGCCAGACUAGUCAAGGAAAUGCUGUAUGGAUCCGUUCAUGCUAAACUCUGAGAAGAUGAAGUCAUGAAAUAAUGUUUUAAUGUACAAGUGUGUAUAUCUGAAAUGUUCAAUGCUGUUGAACGUUCGUCUUUUUCCUCAUCAGAAAUGAGGUUAUAUGGAUAAUAGCAACAAAUAUUAAUAUAAAAGGCACUCUAAAAAAGAAAAAAAUAUUCUGAUUUCCUGUUGAAUGUGGGCGCGUGUGAAACUAUUGAGAUAGUUUGCCAAACGAAUGAAUUAAAUCUAAUACACUCUACGGGAAAACAUAUACAAUCCUGUUUAUGUUAUUUUUAGACCUUUGACAUGAUAACUGCCUUGUCACCAACAGUGGCAGUGCUUCGAAACUUCAAAGUCAUUUAACACUAUGUGACGGUAUUCAGUAUUCAUUGGUUUUGUAUUUUAUGGAAAAAUAGGUAAUACAUUUUAUUCUUAAUGUGAAAGAACUAAAUAAGCAAUGGGAGAAUAUGAGCUUUAUCAGAAAAUCUCUUGUCAAGAAAUCCCUUGUUUUUAUAUACAAGUACCUAACUGCAUCAGUUAGUUGUAGGUAUAGAGCAUUUUCUUUGUACUACUUGUACCUUGGCGGACUGACUGCUUGCUGAAAACAGUAAAUUUAUCUUUCACAGGAAAUUAAUUAAAUUUUUUAUAAAUAUGUAUGCAUGAAUCUGUUCAAAACUAUCAACCAAAUAUUAAUAGUUUUAAAGAUCUGGUUUUUAUUAUAUGUUUCUUUUCGUAUGUAAUAAUGUUAUGCUUUGUUUUAUUAAAAUAGUCCAA